AUGACGUCCCCUCCAUUGUUAGAUCAUUUCCCUCCUCCGAAUCCCGUUGACAUCCACCCGAACGACGCACCCGGGCCUAAGUCUCCUGAACUCGAGCGGUCCCUCCCCGAUCCCGACCGACUAGCUCCGGAGGAUGCUUACUUUGCGCCGGCUCUCUCACGGGUCCGCUCGGCACCUGCUAAUUAUGAAGAUAGCCUGCGGUCCCUGAAUGGCGACAAUGCAUCUCACAUUGGUUCCGCUGCGGCGUUGCGCAAGAAGUUGGGCGGUGCUCCGAGACGUCGGAAACGAAAGGGCGCUUGGAAAAAGUUGCUUUGGGUAAAGCAAUCUUAUCCGGACAAUUACACUGAUACGGAAACGUUUCUGGACCAUCUCCAGCGCAAUCCUCGAGUACGGCCGUAUGAUUUCUGGCCUCUCGUGGCUGAUUCAACUGUGAUCGUGCAACAUGUAUGCUCGGUGGUCAUUUUUGUUUGCUGCUUUGUUGGGAUUGUCCAAGACCGAGUGAGCCCUGUCUCCAUUGUGUGUUGGGGAAGCGUCGGUACGGCUGUGGGCUGGAUUCUCUGGGAUAAUUGGAUUUGGAAAGAGCACGAAGAAAACUCGAAAGGCGGCGAUCGAAUCCCCGGAGGCGACGACGGCUCCAGCUCGACUUCAUUUGCCAGCGCCGCAGAUGCACCUGUAAACGACUUACAACCAGACGACACAAAGACCAGCGCUAUUCAUGGGCUUGGAUUAUCGAUGUCUGGUAAUGAAUCCAAAGAAAGAUUGUCUCGUCACAGCGCAGACUUCAGCGAAAGCAUAGACACAAUAACGCAUUCAACGGAACAACACGCUACGCUGGCUGUGCCAACCAGGUCCAUUCUCGGCAGUACCGAUGCACCAGUGUUGCAGGAUACCCACAGAACAUCCAUGCUAUCACCACGCAAUCGGCAGCGACUGACCACGGUCAAAUCAGCUUUCCUCAUCUACUUUUCCCUCUUGGGUCUCAGUCCCAUCUUGAAGUCUCUCACCAAAUCAACCGCAAGCGACUCCAUCUGGGCUAUGAGCUGCUGGCUUAUAAUCAUGAAUAUAUUUUCCUUCGACUAUGGAAGUGGAGAAGGCGCAGGCGCCACUACCAAGUUUCCUGCUUCUCUGUCCACGAAUGCAGCCGUGAUGGCAUCUACCGUGCUUGCAUCUCGACUGCCAUCUACGACCCACGUCUUCAGUCUCAUGCUAUUUUCGAUGGAAGUAUUUGGGCUGUUCCCCAUAUUUCGGCGGCAAUUACGGCAAAAGUCGUGGACCGGUCAUGUGGUCUUGACAUUGACCCUCGUGAUCGUUGCUGGUGGCGCUGUAGGGGUCACACUAAGUGGCGGAUGGGCAGCUGCCAUCAUCGGGUCUGUCUUGGGAAGUAUUCUGACUGCUUUGGUUAUGGGCGGAUGCAGCUGGUGGCUCAUCAGUUUGCAGAAGUACAAGAACGUAGUCAUUGGUCCCUGGGAUCCAGCCAGGCCGAUUAUUCGGCGCCAUUGGACGUAA